UGGCGCCUCUCAGAUACAGACCCAGGGUCCGCCAGGGCAAGGAAAGGUGUCCCAAUCCUAGACGAUGUGGGACGUCUUGGAAGCCCUUCUGUUCCCAAUCGUUGCCAUCCUCUGGGCCCUACAGUGGCCCCUUUCUGAUGAGGGCUUCUCGCUUCUCUUCCUCAUGCUGCUGGGCUGGCAGGUCCAGAGGGGCCACAUUGUCUUGUGGAAGAAGAAAGACAACCCGACAGACCAGAGCCCAGCCCAAACCCCCGCUAAUCAUGACACUUCCCUCCUGUGUCAGCAACAUCUGAAGUAUCAACCAGAGGAUGCAUCAGAUAAAGUUUGGAGGCUGGGCCAAGAACACACCAAGGAUCCAGAGGAGGUCCUGGUCCACCUGAAAAGGCACGACGUGGACAUGGUGUCCGUCAAACCGGAUCGUGCCAUCUUUCAACACCUCAGUGAGGAAGCCCAAGAAGUGUUCUUGGAGGGCGGUGCCCCGUCUUCCGUGCCUCAACCACCCACUGCCGAUAGGGAGAAGGUGAUUCCUUCCGGGUUGCUUUUCCACCCCCAAGACCUGGAGUCGGGAACUCACCAUUCCCAGGAGAUCGCCUCACAUCCUAAUGACUGCAAGUCGGCCCAACAUGCUGGUAGUGCAGGGGCCCUGACUCCCACCAGGGACGAAGAACCUCAAACUCCUCAGCUGGAGAAGACGCAUCAACAGCAUGGUGAGCCGAGCUUCCCGCCCUCUGCCCUCAGAAUGUCAGAGGUCCCUAAAGAGGAAGCCCACAGGGACACAGAAAAAACAUUUAAGUCACUACAAGAGCCCGAGGCCUCACUUGUGGGAACAGAGCCCUGUUGUCGGCCCUCUCUCCUCUGCCCCAAGACCCGCAGCCUCCUGGAGGAACACUUGAAGUCCAUGCUCCACUUCCAGCAAUCGGGGACGCCCAAUUGGGUCCUGGAGGCCCGGAGUCUGUUAGCGUCCCAGGCAGGAGAGCCCGCCUCUCCCUGGAGAAAAGGUUCAGCCAUGACUGAAGAUUUCCUCAGGAUUGAGACUCUGAAGAGCGACAAGGAGACCCCAAAAGGCCAUCAGCUUAGACUCGGAGAAAUCCCCUCAAUGGUGCCCAGUGGGCAGGGUGACACCAUCAUCUCAUCACCACGGGCCCCUCCCGCCUCGCAAGGCCCUUCGGCUCUCCCGGUUCCCAGAGGAUCCUCCACAGCAACUUCCCCAUCUCAGCAGCCAGGCCAGAGAUUCACCUCAACUCUGACGCUGAGAUUGAAGCCCAGAUCGCGAGAGGACCGGCGACUCCAGGUCAAACCACGGGGCCUGCCCGAGAGCUCAAUUAAGAGCCUGGAAUCUGUCUUGCAGAGGAAGUACGUGGAUUUCCUCUCUGGGUUUUGCCAGCUUUACGAUAUAGCCAUGUCCAUCGCAGUAUCCCCAGCAGCCCUUCCCUGGGUGCCAGUGAGCACAGAGGUCAAGCCCGCACUGGGCAAAGACUGUUCCCAACGCAGCGUGACAAACGAACUGAAGCGGGGGAGAUCUGAAAAGCCCAAACUCUCUCCCAUUGCCAACUGCCAAGAAACUCCCCUGGGCAGUAAGUUACGUCGCCACUCCAAAGUAGCCCUCGACCGGGACAGACGUCAGAGCCAACCUGCCCGGGCCCUGGAGCAGGAGAGCCAGGCUCGACAGGUUUCCCAGCAGUCAAAGUCAUCAGUCUGUCACCCCAGCGCUGCAAGCUACUCGGGAGCUUCCACAGUGAUCCAGAAAAGGAAGAAGGUCACCAGACAUGGCCACAGCAGGGCUCCUGUCUCUGCCCCGGCAGCUGCCAUCCAAGCACCCCUCAGCUCCUGUGGCCCUGGGGCUUCCAUCCCAGGCCCAGCUAGGGCCAGCAAAGGCAGUCAGCCUCCACCGAAAGCCACGUUCUCUGAAAAGCUGAAGAUGUGGUUCGGCUCCCUUGGCAAUCGCUGGCAGGAGAGCAUCAGCCCUAGGGCUCGAGUGAUAUUUACCUUUAGAGAACCAGGCAAGCUUAGCUCUGCAACACCAGAGUACACCAAACUGCCCUUCCCCAAGGGUGUCACUCACCUGCGGCACGGCUUGUCUGGCCCGGUGACCCGCAGGCCUCGUCCCACACAGUCCCAGUUAUCGUACUCUGAACAUCUUCCCAGGUCCCGACACAGAGCCCCCUAAAUUUGCACAGACAUCGAGAUCCAUCAGAGGCUUUAUUGUGCUGCAGGGGAUCAGCCAGUUCUCAUUACAGCCCCGUCACCAAUUUCAUUGACCACCCUAGUCUCCUUCCAAAUAAAGUACUCUUCCUUCAGGA